AUGAAGAACGUUAACUUAUUGGAUUUACCUGAUGAAAUAUUACUUCUUAUUCUGCACAAAUUAACUAUAAUUGAUAUGCUACAUUCUCUUGUUAAUGUAAAUGAACGAUUCGAUCGUUUAGUACUGAAUCCUUUGAAUAUAUCUGAUUUAAAUUUGAAAAAUUAUUCAUCAGUCCAUUAUCAAUCGACGUCAAUGGAGCAAGUUUUCGCUGAAAUUCUGUUCAGUCGAUCCAUUUGCAACAAAAGUUUUUUUACUAUUGAUUAUCCUCAACUUCGUUCAUUAUCACUUGCUGUUACACGAGAAACUCUUUUAGAUAAUCUAACAAAUGAAUCAAUACUUCAUCGUCUUCUUAGCACACAGAUCGUUUCUUUUUCUGUUGCCAUCGUUGAUGAAACCGAUCAAAAACUGUCCAGUGACAAUCAUAUCGAUUUCUUCGAGUUAAUUUUAUCUUUGGGCAAAUUUUUGAUAGAUUUCUCAUACACAUAUCGGUUUCCUGGUCUAUUUCGUCAAAUUGAUACGUUAAAUAUCAGAUCAAACAAUACUCUAUAUUCAACUAUAAAUAAAUUAACAAUAAGAGUAUCUACUUUCAAUGAUUGCCUUUAUAUUCUGAAUGGAUGUUUUACAUCUUUAACUAUAUUGAUUAUUAAUAUAUCCGAUAUAAUAGAUUCUUCUCAAAAACUGGAUAAUACGAAAAAACUUGACAAUUUGAAAUUUUUUUCAUUAACAUCGGGUGGUUUUACGAAAUACUAUGAUGAUGGGAUUAUUCCAUUGUUAAAUCGAAUGUUAAGUCUUGAAAGACUUGUUUUAUAUUUGGCGGUUUUAAGACCAAAUGGAUUACUAUUCAUAAAUGAAGUUGAAUUAUAUGAUGAUUUUCUUAGCUCAAUGCCGCUAUUAAAAAAAUUUGAUUUUAGUAUCCAUACAUUUCUAUGUUGGCCAUGUAAUUCAACAAAUAUUCAAAAUGAUUCCAUCCGAAUUGGAUACAAACAAUCGGAUUCAUAUGUUGAUGAAAACUUCGUAAUCAAUGAGUUCGCAUAUCAUUUCUACUCGCUUCCAUAUUGUUUCGAUUGUUUCCAUCAUUUAAACAAUUCAUUUCAAUGCCAAGGUUACAUAUUUGAUCAAGUUCGCUUGUUGACAAUGAGUGAUCAGAAGCCAUACGAAAAAGAAUUUUUUCGCAAAGUUUCUCAAUACUUUCCUUUUCUAAACCAUUUAGCGAUAUUUAAUGCCAAAGCACCAAAAGGGAAAGAAAAUACAUCAACACCGAUCACAUUCACACAUUUGACCAUAUUGGAUCUUUGUAGAUCACAUCCAGACUAUGCCAAACAAUUUCUCUUAAAAGACACAACUGUUUUGCCAUGUCUAAAAGUACUGCAUGUCGAAUAUGAUUCGCUUGCAUUACUAACAAACUAUUUUACUCUUGAUGUUGAAAAUUUGAAUUGUACUCAUCUAUCAAAAAUUAAAAUGCAGAAAGCAUUUGUUCGAUCGGAAAGAUAUUCUAUCACAAUCAAACAUUUUAUCGAUAUGAGUGAACUCCAACGUGCAAAGGAUCGAUUAACAAUUCUUCUACAUGUGGAAAAAGCGCAAAUCCGGAAUUUGCACGAAACAUAUGACGACCUACCCAGGUCAACAAUCCCAUACUCGGAUCCCAUCGGAUCCAAUACUGAAUUUUAUCGGAUCCUACAGGAAUUCGACGGAUCCGAUGAAAUCCUGGUGACGGAAUCGCAUUGGAUUCCGACGGUCUCGGAUCCGAAACAUGGAUUUCUUGGAUUUUCUAAGGGUCAUCAUAGAAUAUAG